CUGAUUACGUAGCGGGUGGGGCCGGAAGUGCCGCUCCCGGGUGGGGGCUGUUCAUGGCGGUUUCGGGGUCUCUAAUAGUUUCUCAGGUUGAGGUCCAAGAACCUCCCGAAGCGGGGUCAGCGGAGCUUGAGGUGCUAGCUGGUGUGAAAUGACUGAGUACAAACUGGUGGUGGUUGGAGCAGGUGGUGUUGGGAAAAGUGCUUUGACAAUCCAGUUAAUCCAGAACCACUUUGUGGAUGAAUAUGAUCCCACCAUAGAGGAUUCCUACCGAAAACAAGUGGUAAUUGAUGGUGAGACUUGUCUGUUGGACAUACUGGACACAGCUGGACAAGAGGAAUACAGUGCCAUGAGAGACCAGUACAUGAGGACAGGCGAAGGAUUCCUUUGCGUAUUUGCCAUCAACAAUAGCAAAUCGUUUGCAGAUAUUAACCUCUACAGGGAGCAGAUUAAACGAGUGAAAGACUCUGAUGAUGUGCCUAUGGUACUGGUAGGGAACAAAUGUGACCUGCCAACCAGGACAGUGGACACAAAGCAAGCCCAUGAGCUGGCCAAGAGUUAUGGAAUUCCAUUCAUUGAAACCUCAGCCAAGACCCGACAGGGUGUGGAAGAUGCCUUUUACACACUAGUAAGGGAGAUACGCCAGUACCGAAUGAAAAAGCUCAACAGCAAUGAUGAUGGCACUCAAGGUUGUAUGGGUUUGCCCUGUGUGGUGAUGUAAUAAGACCCUUUGAAAGUUCUGUCAUCAGAAAAGAGCCACUGUCAAGCUGCACUGAUGCCCUGGUUCUGACAUCCUUGGAGGAGACGUGUCCCUGCUGCUCUCUGCAUCUCAUCGAAGCUCCUGCUUCCUGCGUCCCUGACUCAGUAGAUGAGCACAGUCAUCUGACCUGAGACCUCCUCAGAAUAACUACCUCCUCACUCGGCUGUCCGACCAGAGAAAUGCACCUGUUACUCCCCAGUAGUUUUCUGACCUGGGUUCUCCUCCUUAGAAACAAACACACCUCUGCCAGCCGGGUUUGUCCUCUGAAAAGCAAUUUACACUCUGAUACAGAGAACCAAACUAUAGACAUGUAAUUCUGUUGACAACAGUUUCGUAAGCUCUAAGGUAGCAACUGCUGGUGAUUCCCCCCCCCCCAACUGUUGAACUUGGCCUUGUUAGUUUGGGGGGGAAAUAUCAUAAAUUACUGUUUUCCCAAGAAUAUUACUAAUGUUGUUGAUUGGUUGAUUUGUACUGUGAUCAGCUCUGUUCUAUAAACUGGCAUCUGCUCUGUGUUCAUAAAUGCAAA